AUGUCUCAAUACUCUAUCAUUAUGGUUAAUCAGUCUACUGCCAAUGAUACGGCCUCGCUCGCUGAGUCUACCUCAACACGUUCAGAUGUAUCGUCAUCUCUGCAGCCCAUAGCGGACAAUGUUGCAAAACGUGUUAAGCUUAUCCUUCCACAGGUCAAAGCAACCCCCUCCGAGUUGCACUCCGCUGCUCCGGAAGUAAUUGAUGUCGAUGUUGAUAAAAAUGAUGCACCUCCUGCCGCCGAACAGGAUAACGAAGCUGAUCUAAACGCACUCAAGAAAACUUGGCGUUCAGCAGUCUAUUCGUUUUUUAAGCUUGACGCUGUGACUGUGAAACUCCCUUCCGGAGGUGUCCGCCGCUUCCAGGACUCCAAGGAUAAGUCAUCGACUACGAAUCUAAGGCACCACGCCAAUGGCUGCUGGGGCAAAGAGGCAGUUGAUCGUGCAUUUAGUGGCGGAAAGGAUAACAACCUGUUCAUCAUACUUAUCGAAUGCACACGAGCAAUGAAGGCAAAUCUCGUGCGGUGGAUCACAGGGAAUAAUCGACCUGUGAAUAUCAUCAAUGACCGUGCACUUCGUGACCUCCUGCUCUCUGGACGCCCUAAUAUCGAACUGUCAUCACAUUUUACAAUCUCUCAUGAUAUUCGGGCGUCAUUUGAAAAGUCCCAAGAACGCAUUGGUAAGCUCUUGCAGGAACAUGCUGGCCGUCUUCAUUUUGCCACAGAUGCAUGGACUUCCCCGAACCACCGCUCAUUCAUUGCGUGGACUGUCCAUUUGGAACAUGAAGGUGAAAUAAUAUCAUUAUCUCUAGUAGAUGAGCUUGACGACUAUUUAUGGCAACCAGUGGAGAAUACCAAAGUCUCACUGCAAUGUGUUCCUGGUAGGUUGUGCACCAUCGCUCUCGCUAGCAUCACAGCUUAUGUGUUCUACACCAUAGCUACCUCGACUGUAGUCGAACGUGUAUUUUCGCAAGGCCGGCACCUUAUAUACUUCACUCAAAACCGCUUGUCUCCGUCAUCGACGCGUGCAUUCCUCUGUCUUGGCUCGUGGCCACCCGAGGACCUUACUAAGAUCAUGAAGUCUCUGAAGAAAAGAAAGCGAGAGGACGAGAAUGUUGGGUGA